AUGUCGGGGGAUGCCAGCACUAACUCAAGUGCUUUUCUGGAUGAGAAAAACUUGAACAUAACUUUAGAUGCUGAAAUCAAAAACGAAGAUAUAACUGCAGAACCAGUUCUAAGUACGGUCAUAUCACCAAAUGGUAAAGUUGUCUACAUCGGUGACAAGGUCGAUGAGGCCAUGAAGUUGGCUGAGGAAGCCAAAGCAAUUGAGGUGACCCCGGAAGAGGAUAGAAAACUAUGUUGGAAGAUCGAUUAUUGUAUGUUUCCCUUAAUGUGUAUAUUGUAUGCUGUUCAGUUCAUGGACAAGAUUUCCACCAGUUCGGCAGCAGUGAUGGGCUUAAGAACCGAUUUGAAAAUGCACGGCGACCAGUACUCGUGGGUCACUUCUGCCUUCUAUUUCGGUUAUUUGUUCAUGAAUCUAGGUCCAAUACAGUUUAUUUUCCAAAGAACAAGUUAUAUGUCCAAAAUGCUUGGUGGUUUUAUUGUCAUCUGGGGGCUGCUAUUAGCUCUACACGCUGCUCCAACAGUCAAAUACCCCACUUUCAUCCUUCUAAGAGUGCUUCUCGGUUGUGCUGAAAGUGUUGUCACGCCCUGCUUCACCAUUAUCACGGCUCAAUACUGGAAAUCAGAAGAACAAUUUACAAGAGUGUCAAUUUGGUUCGGUAUGAAUGGUCUUGGCUCCGUCCUAAUCAAUGCAAUCGCGUAUGGUGUUUAUAUUCAUCGGGACUCCUAUGCUAUUGAAGCAUGGAAAACCUUAUUUGUCGUUACCGGUGUAAUUACUAUUUUUGUUGGUAUCUUGAUAUACCUAUGGAUCCCGGAUGAUCCAUCAAAAGCAAGAUUCUUAUCUAAAAGAGAGAAAUUAAUGGUUGUUCAAAGAAUUAGAUCCAAUCAACAAGGGUUCGGUAAUCACGAAAUUAAAAAGUACCAAAUUAUAGAGGCUUUGAAAGACGUUAGAACGUGGUUGUACUUCCUCUUUACUGUGAGUUCUAAUAUUCCUAAUGGUGGUAUUUCUAGUUUCAUGAGUAUUCUGCUGAAAGACGAUUUUGGAUAUUCAACAAAGGAUACUUUCUUGAUGGGUCUACCUACUGGUGCUGUUGAAUUGGUUGGUUGUCCACUAUUUGGUAUUCUGGCAGUUUACGCAACUAAUAAGAAGAUACCAUUUUGGAAGUACAAGUUGGGCUGGGCCAUUUUCGCAGCUGUCUUAGCAUUGAUUGCUAGUUGUAUGCUAGGUUUUGCAGACAAUUCAAAAAGUGCAAGACUGGCUGGUGCUUAUCUAUGGUAUAUCUCACCCGUCUCAUUUAUUUGUGUGCUUUCCAAUAUCAGUGCAAACUCCUCGGGAUAUAGUAAAAAAUGGACUGUAUCUUCAAUAAAUUUAGUAGCAUACGCUGCAGCCAACUUGGCAGGUCCACAAACUUUUAUUGCUAAGCAGGCACCUAAAUAUCAUGGUGCUAAAGUUGCUAUGGUUGUAUGUUACGCUUUUAUGAUCGUCAUCCUAUCUGUGUUACUUUUUAUCAAUAUGAGGGAGAAUAAGAGACGUGAUAAGAUAGCUGCGGAAAGAGGUUCUCAACCAGAGGCAGAAAAUCUUGAAUUUUCUGAUUUAACUGAUUUCGAGAAUCCAAACUUCAGAUACACUCUAUAA